UCUCGUUACAUGCUAGAAGCGCCAAGAGACGGUCGCACAGCAAGUGGCACACACUACACAGUACAGCCAAGCCAAUAACAGCAACCGUAGAGAAAGCAAGAAAAACGCGAAGUAACAGACCGAGAUAGCGAGAUACGGAGAGAGCGUGUAUGCAAGUAGUACCGAGCAAACUCUGUGUGCAAGCGCAAACGCCUAGCUUUUUUGACGUUCAAUCAAGUUCGCAAGGAGAAGCAAAAGGGACCGAAGUCGUCCCCCAAAGUAGCGAGCCUUUACGGAAUCCCAGCGCAAGAGCAAGUUUUUCGUUCGUGUUACUAUAUUAGUAUCCGGAGAAAAAAAAACGCAAGUUAUUCAAGAGCAGCCGCCAGAGCCAACUUGUGUCCGGAAAAUCUCUUUUCGCCCGGAACUAAGGAAGAGACUUGUAUUAGGCGUUGAUGUUUGACGUGCACCAGGUACAAGGACACACGGUACAGAGGCGAAAGCGCAAAAGAAGCCGUAGUUAGUGGUGCUUUUUGGCCGGAAAAUCAGCAGUUUGUGGCAGUUGUGUGAACGGAAAGCAAGUUUCGUUUCGUUUUCCUCAUUUUCGCGGUUUCGUUGCGAUAUUCGUGCGGUAGUGGCACUCCAGAAGUACGCCCGAAGGUAGCGGAAAAUGAACGUACGGAAAGCCAGCUGAGACGAGUAAAACGAGUAAAAAUCCGAGUGAGCCAUCCUAGCAAUCCAAGAAGGCUAGCGAAAGCGACGGUCAUUAAAAAGUGAUAAUCAAGUGCUGUGAAAUUACAAAUAAUACAUUUUAAUCGAUAAGAAGCAUCAUCCGCAUUAACAACAUCCCCGGCCGAGCGAAAACAAAAGGGAAAAGCAAGGAGCGCAUCGAAGGAAAGUCGAAAAUUGUCUCCGAAUGCUGAACAAAGUAUAAAGAAAAGAAAUUCACCCUUAUUCACACACAACGCUCUACGGUAACGCAGAGAAAGAAUAUAAGCUACACUUUAAGAUUACUCGUAAGGAUAACAAAAAGCCACAAGAGCAAAGCUGAAAAGUUCAAAGUAAGAUAAAGUAAAAAAACCCGCUACGGAAGAGUUCAAGUACUCCGCGGACACUCCACCAGAAGGAAGUGUUUUCCAAACCAGUGUAAUCAAGUUCUAGUGAGUUUUCCCACGAACACACAAGCCAGCAGGCGGAAAACGUACGCAAAAGUCGCAGUUUUGUGUCAAGUGCGCUAGAAAAUUUCGGAAAAAGUUUGUGCGUGCAAACACUCGGCCACUUCCGGCGAUUUUCACGAGUGUAAUUUAUGAGUGCGAAUUUGGCUGCAAUUGACGAAUUGGUUGAAGAGUUUCUGAAAAUGGAACUCAUCUCCGUGCCGCCGUAUCCGGGCCAGCUGGGUUAUCUAGGAUCGACAAAAGUCAACGAUUUCCGAACACCGUUGAUGCCAAUCCAGGCCAAUAGUAACAAAAAUUCUAAUCAAAGCCAACGCCAUCAAAGUCAGCAGCAGCAACAGCAGCAGCAGACGCAAAGUCAGCUCGUGCAGCAGCAGCAGCAGCAGCAGCAGGCGAAUCAGCAACAGCUGCUGCAGCAGCAGCAGCAUCAGCUGCAGCAACAGCAGCAGCAGCGAAGUCAUCACACCAGUAGCCAUCAUAAUCACCACCACAAUAGCGCCAGUGGCCACCAUUACCACCACCACCACCACCAUCACCACCAUCAGGCCAGCAGCGAGAACCAGUAUCCGCUGGAGCCGGCCACGAUAGCGCUGACUGCCUCGCCGCACGAGGAUGCCCUCCAGAAGCUGACCCAGCGGCUCGAGAGCGAGCUGCGCAUCGCCAAGCGGCAGCAUCUGGCCUGCACGGAGGUGCUGCUGCCGGCCGAUCUCCUCCCGAGGAUAUCGUCCCAGAUGUUCGAGCUGUCCGAGAAGGAACCCUGCGGCAUUCGCGGCUGCACGAUCUACAUCGAGUUCGAGGACGAGCCCGACAACACUCGGCGGAUUGCGACCAUGAAGACCGAUCCCAACACGGUUUCGACGUUCGAGCUUUACCUUACGCUCAAACAGGACCGACGAGGAUGGACCUCGAUUUUGCCACAGUUUUUAAAAAAUCUGGCCCGUGGCAGUACAAUCAUGAUCAGUCCUGAGUUUGUGCUGACGAAGAACAAGCUCUACCACGCUUACUCCGACUAAGUUUGCUUCGGUUUCUCAGAAACCCCCUUUCCAAACCUCCACACCCACCCUUUCAAUCCCCCCUUCCCCACCGCCUUCUCUCGAUGGAAGGGAAGGGAUGGCGUGUCCCGAGCUAAGGGAGAGAGGACAAGGAUUUACUUUCUCGUCGAAUCACCCGGUUCCGGAUCGUCCCCUUUGCCCGUAAGAUGGGAGAAGGCAACAAAAAAAAUCAAACGCUCAUCAGGCGAGUGUGUUUCUCACCACCCACCGUACCCACCUCAACCACACUGCGCGUGACUACCGGGUGCACCCCCUUUUUUGGGCGGUGGACGCUACGCGGGGGGUAGGUGGUGGUGUUGGUGGUCGUGAUCGUUGAUCGAGAGUGGACGACCAAGUCAGCAGAGAGAGAGAAAGGCAGCGGGGAUUAAACCAAAUGGAAAAGCCACGACCAGCAGAGGCCAGCAAGCGCCGCCGCAUCGGAAGAAAAUGCAGUCGAAUGCAUUUGAUGUUUGUGUGUGGAAAAGCCGAUAUAAAAUCUCCCUUGCCGAUGGGUGUGUGGUGCAUAUGUUUUUGGUUUAGUUGGCCGCCGCCACGGAACUGUGAUUAUGUGAUUGUUCGAAUAGCAAGCGAGUUUGUUAGUGUGCAAGCAUAUGAUGAAAGAUGUGGAUGGACAGUUCUCCUUCCGACAUCCUCCUCAGAAAUGGACGUUCGUAUGAAGCAAACGGAAAGUAAUGAACGUUCAAGCGGCCAUAGUGCGCGUGCAUAUUAAUGAUGAUGAUUCGUGUGACAAGUUGUGUGAAAUGCGAAUUGGCAACAACGGCAAGAAGAAAAAAAAGAUCAAAAGUUAAAGUGUGCUCCCAGAGAAAGCGGAUCCUGCGGAACCUUCGGCACCGUCAGGGAGGAAGCUUCCUGGCCAUGGAAUAACAUCUCCGGAGCGGCACAGUGUCCUUUUUGUGUCCUGUCAUCGAGGAGAAGAGGAAGACACCCGCCAGCAGAAGCGCAGCGCACAAUGCUCUCCACAUCAACGGAAGCUGUCACAUUCCUUCAUCUCGUCGCCACGUUCUUCAGUCAUCAACUGUCAUCGUCCGGUUCCGGUUGCGUCGUCCUCUCGCCCUACGACACACCACACAACGCCGACCCUCCCACACCAGCGCCUCUUCUCUCAGGCGAGGCACACGACAGUCUCGACUCUCCACCAGGGCCAGAAGGAGAAGAAGGACCCCCGGGGACGACCUACUGCUGUGUGCCCGUCGGGUGUCCGGUGCUGCGUGCGUGUGUGCGUGCGUGCGUGCGUGAGUGAGUGUGCGUUUAGCAGCAAGGUAGGAAAAAGCGAAUUGUCUUUUUUCACUUGUGUCCUACGAUACAAAAGGAUUUAAUGAGAAGAGGAAGGAAACAAAUUACUAUAUUAAACAUAUUAAAACUAAUAAUAAUGAUGCUAGGGCACGCAUCAUACAAAAAAAGGAGAAAAUACGGGAGGUUACAAAAUUUUUGCAAACAACACACUACUUUUUAAGUAUUUUAUAAAUAUUUAAAAGAAAAAAAAACUCGACAAAAGAUACAAACGGGAAAAGGAAGCAAGAGAGCGGUCAAACACACAGCGAUUGGUAAGCAGCAGAAGCAUUAAACGAGCAAAAAAAACCCAAGUGAUGAUAAUUGUGUAACACAAAGCCGGAAUGCUAUAAGUAUGAACAACAAACUAGAAACGAAGCAAACGUUAAAAAGGAAGGUAAGAGCCAAGCGAUAAGAAUAAGGAUGAUAGCACGGAAGGCGAACGAAAUGAGUGAAGCAGUGAGGGGAGAAGAGAAAAACAAAUUCUACACGUAAGAGCAUACAAACACAAUACAAACUAAUAAGUAGUAGACAGCAAACAAAUUUUUACUGAAACAAUAUAAGUAAACCAACAAACAACAAGCAAACAACACACUUCACGCGCGACAGUGUAAGAACAGCAUAGACACACUCACACACACUCACACACAGAUAAACUCUACGGUAAAGAACGACCCGACUGGAACGUCGCGUUUGGUGGAAACGCCUGCGUGUGUGUUGCGAGAGCUGCUGAGGAAAAGCGGAAGUGGAAGCAGGGAGCAACCUACAAGAUGCAUGCGGUAAGAAAAUCUUUUCGGAUAGGAUUUUUCUUCUGUAUAUUUAUUAUACAUAUUUUUUUUUCGUUGAUUAGUUUCUCUUUCUCGAAAUUGGUUUUAAGCUAAAUAUACAUAUUUUUGCUUCGUUUAAUUAAUCUCUUCAGCCAAACUUUCUAGGGAGUUUGCGGUGAGGAAGGAUAGGAUCUUGAUUGCGCGGUAAUGUUUAUACGUUAAUGUUAUUCGAAAUAUGACGAAUCUUCCUUUUCUUCCAUCCGGUGGAACCACACAGUGCAAGUUCUUCGGGGGGAAGAUAGGACGAGGAAGAAGUGAUUCUCAUAAAGAAAUUGUUUUUGGCUCAUCAAGCAGUUUGCAUUUGUCUUUUAUUGUUGCGUGUUCAGCAAGUUCACAGCAAUACACCCUUGGCGUAGGUUGAACCGCGCGCGAUAGAAAAGGGAGGAAGUUAGAUUAUCGAGAGUUUGGAAUAAGAAGAAGGAGUGUAAUAGAGUGUGAGGAUCGAUCGAGCUGAAGGUAUUUUCGAAUGUUGUUUGUUUGGUUCAAAAAAGUAAUAUAGUUUUUAAACUCUUCUAAUUGUGAACGAUUUUGUGAUGAUUUCCUAGUGAUUUUCCAAUUUUCCUCUUACAUUUCGACCGGAAUCCACCCAUCCGCCCAGGGGCACACUCUGCCCCCGGGCGGCCCCUUUUUAAUUCCGGUCGGUAAGUGAUCUCUCCCGUGAAGCCUGGCAGCGCGUUAGCGUGGAGUGGUGGAGGCAACGCCCGAUGGCCGAGGAGAAAAUGCGUUAGGGAAGACCGAUAGCGAGGGAGAAAGGAUCGUUAAUUUUUAAAUUGUGUAGGGCAGUGUGUUACAACAAAUUGUGAAACGCUACGUUAUGUUCAUCUUCCGUUUGAACGUGGAAAUAAGUGGCAAAAGGGUUCGAAAAAGAAGACGAUAACUCGAGAAAACGAACACAACAUAACACAUGAGAGCCAAGAGCAGCAGAAAAUCGGUUGCGUUUUAGGAUUUUCAAUUUUUUCAACGAAAGCAUUGCGUUACAAAAGCAAACACAUAAAAACAAAAUAAACAUAUAGCAAACGCAGCUUUGCUUUACUUGUGAUUGACGAAUACAAAACAAAGUGUGAAAACAAAAAAGGUAACCAGACACACACACACGAAGAUUGGAGUUCGCCUUGUCUAUAAUAUAGUCUCCCCCUGAUUUGCGUGACAGGCGAAGAAGAAAAAGUGAUGCGCAUUUUCAUCCAUUCAAAGGUAGUGCUAAAACUACUAUCGAAUACUGUAAAACAUGAAAAAAAAUCGUUAAGUAACAACAACAAAAAAAAAAGAAACAAAACAAACAAUUCAAACGAUACAAACUAAUUUUAAGGCACAGAGCGCGCGCGACAUGUUGAGCGUGAAAAACAUGUUUUUUCCAUCUUUUCGGAUUUUUCUGUUAUGUUUUUGGCAACGAAAGCAGAGAGAAUGCGAGAAGCGUAAUUUUAAACCGAGCGGUAUUUUUCGUAAGCUAGAAUUUCCAUUUUUGAAAUUUUCUCAUUUUCUCCCCUUCCUCUGUCCUGCGUAUAAGCAGUUUAAAAUUACAAUUCGUGUUUGUUUUGCCCUAGUGCGGUGCCCUUCUUUGGCCUUUUCCACCUUUUUUCCAUCUGUCCUUCGAGUUACUUCUAUUUGUCGUUUCUUUUUCCAAAAGUGUUUCCCUUUGGUGAUAAAUGUGUAAAACGAAAACGAAAAAAAAAGUUAAAUUUGGUUGAUUAUGUUUGUUUGUUUCGAAUUGGAAUGAUUGGUACAUGGCAGUUCCUACUUUCGAUGGAAAAGAAACGAAUUAAAAAACAAAAAGAAUACAACUCAGUAUAAAAUAACUCGAUAAGAACAAUGUAUUGUAAUGUGAAAAAAGGACAAAAAUCAAAAUAUCUCUAACGUGGAUAAACUUGUUUUGCAAAACAUUGGAGAAAUGGUUAAAAAUACGCGCAGUCGAAGGAGAAGCAAAAAAAACACAAAAAAAGAAAUAACAGAAAAUGAAGAAAAUGGUACGAAUUAACAUGAUAAGGAUAACGAGAUAUAUUGCAG